AUGCAAUCAGAUGUUUGGGGUAGUAUAAGUGAUCAAGGGGUGGUAACUCAUAUCACGGGAGGAAAUUUUGCGCAGAGUUCUAUUACUAUUAAUGGAUGGCUACGUGAUUUCUUAUGGGCACAGGCAUCCCAGGUAAUUCAGUCUUAUGGUUCUGCAUUAUCUGCAUAUGGCCUUUUUUUCCUAGGCGCUCAUUUUGUAUGGGCUUUUAGUUUAAUGUUUCUAUUCAGCGGUCGUGGUUAUUGGCAAGAACUUAUUGAAUCAAUCGUUUGGGCUCAUAAUAAAUUAAAAGUUGCUCCUGCUACUCAGCCUAGAGCCUUGAGCAUUAUACAAGGACGUGCUGUAGGAGUCACUCAUUACCUUCUGGGUGGAAUUGCCACAACAUGGGCGUUCUUCUUAGCAAGAAUUAUUGCAGACCCUUUGCAUGUAAGACCUAUUGCUCAUGCAAUUUGGGAUCCUCAUUUUGGUCAACCGGCCGUGGAAGCUUUUACUCGAGGGGGUGCUCUUGGCCCAGUGAAUAUCGCUUAUUCUGGUGUUUAUCAGUGGUGGUAUACAAUAGGUUUACGUACUAAUGAAGAUCUUUAUAUUGGAGCUCUUUUUCUAUUAUUUCUUUCCGCCGUAUCCCUACUAGGGGGUUGGUUACACCUACAACCGAAAUGGAAACCGAGCGUUUCGUGGUUCAAAAAUGCCGAAUCUCGUCUCAACCACCAUUUGUCAGGACUAUUUGGAGUAAGUUCCUUGGCUUGGACAGGACAUUUAGUCCAUGUCGCUAUUCCGGGCUCCAGGGGGGAAUAUGUUCGAUGGAAUAAUUUCUUAGAUGUAUUACCCCAUCCCCAAGGGUUAGGCCCGCUUUUUACAGGUCAGUGGAAUCUUUAUGCUCAAAAUCCCGAUUCAAGUAGUCAUUUAUUUGGUACCUCCCAAGGAGCAGGAACUGCCGUUCUAACCCUUCUCGGGGGGUUCCAUCCACAAACACAAAGUUUAUGGCUUACCGAUAUUGCACACCAUCAUUUAGCUAUUGCAUUUCUUUUUCUCGUUGCCGGUCAUAUGUAUAGAACUAACUUCGGGAUUGGGCACAGUAUAAAAGAUCUUUUAGAAGCACAUAUUCCUCCAGGGGGGCGAUUGGGGCGUGGACAUAAGGGUCUUUAUGACACAAUCAAUAAUUCACUUCAUUUUCAAUUAGGCCUUGCUCUAGCUUCUUUAGGAGUUAUUACUUCUUUAGUAGCUCAACACAUGUACUCGUUACCUGCUUAUGCGUUCAUAGCACAAGACUUUACUACUCAAGCUGCAUUAUAUACUCAUCACCAAUACAUCGCAGGAUUCAUCAUGACAGGAGCUUUUGCUCAUGGAGCUAUAUUUUUUAUUAGAGAUUACAAUCCGGAACAGAAUGAGGAUAAUGUAUUGGCAAGAAUGCUAGACCAUAAAGAAGCUAUCAUAUCCCAUUUAAGUUGGGCCAGCCUAUUUCUGGGAUUCCAUACUUUGGGACUUUAUGUUCAUAAUGAUGUCAUGCUUGCUUUUGGUACUCCGGAGAAACAAAUCUUGAUCGAACCCAUAUUUGCCCAAUGGAUACAAUCCGCUCAUGGUAAAACUUCAUAUGGGUUCGAUGUACUUUUAUCUUCAACGAAUAGUCCAGCCUUCAAUGCAGGUCGAAGCAUAUGGUUGCCCGGCUGGUUAAAUGCUGUUAAUGAAAAUAGUAAUUCAUUAUUCUUAACAAUAGGGCCUGGAGACUUCUUGGUUCAUCAUGCUAUUGCCCUAGGUUUACAUACAACUACAUUGAUCUUAGUAAAAGGUGCUUUAGAUGCGCGUGGUUCUAAGUUAAUGCCAGAUAAAAAGGAUUUUGGUUAUAGUUUUCCUUGCGAUGGUCCGGGACGAGGCG